UGGCUCUGCAUGUGGUCGAAUCUAUCACCCUGGAAGAGCAGUCUGCUGACUAGAAGACUGAAAACCUGUGCAGGGAGGGAGUGGUGGCCAUGCACACACAAGUGACCGCGACCUUAUGCCUGCCACCCACCGCUGCCUCUCCCUGCUGCUUCUGUCUGCCUGUGCAGCUCUGUUGCUGCAGCCACCGCUGGGGACCCAGGGGGCCCCGCUGGAGCCAGUGUACCCGGGGGACAACGCCACACCAGAGCAGAUGGCCCAGUACGCGGCUGAGCUCCGCAGAUACAUUAACAUGCUGACUAGGCCCAGGUACGGGAAGAGAGACAGAGAAGAAGCGCUGGACAUCCUGGAGUGGGGCUCCCCCCGUGCCGCUGCCCCCAGGGAGCUCAGCCCGAUGGACUUGUAACGCCACCGCCUGCCUCCUCUGACUCCAAGGGCAAUGCCGGCCCACCUCCCUGCUCUGCACCCUUGGCAAUGGCCGAAGCUUGCUCCCUGCUCGCACACAGACUAAAUAAAGCAAAUCAA